AUGAAAGCCCGCUCUAAGUCUCCGCCCUGCGGAGACUUCAUUCACCUAAAACUCCCUCAAGACGAAGUGGCGGAGCUGUCUCUGGAAUUUGUGACGGAGACUUGGAGACAACUUGAGAAGUUUUUGGAGGCUGUCUUCGACCGGCGGCCGCUCAAGGGGCGGGUCUUUCUCUCGAGGCGCGUAGAAACCCUGGUGGAAGAUGGCUGGGGCCCCUGCCUCCUUUCUCGACUUUCUUUAUUUCUUUCUGCUGCUCUCACCUCCAAAGUCCAAAAGACAGCAGCAGCAAUUCAAACCCUUUGCCUCAAGCAAGAACAAAUAGACCAGGGGGGCCCCCUAGAGGACCCCCAAGAGCUGCAAGCUGUGGCGAAUGCUGAGCAGAUACUUCAGGAGGCCCUGGACCUUUAUGACUACUACUGCGAAACGACUCACGAGGUGCAGCAGGUGUUCGUGCACCUGAGCCGCUGCGUGCCUGACGGCGUUGCUGCUGCUGCCGCGCAGCAGCAGCAGCAGCAGCAGCAGCAGCAGCAGCAGCAGCAGCAGCAGCAGGGCCUGCAGGGCCUCUGCGACCGCCUUUUGAGCGCAGCUUUCACCAACCACCAACAAACCCUAAACCUCCUUUUAAAUGCCUUUUUAAAACGCUACUUCGACCUCCUCGAGCCAGCUCUUCUCUCUUCAACUCGCCGCUUCUUCCGGGCUGCCAGUGCCCAGCGUUUGAGGGCCCCCGAGGGGCCCUCCGAGUACCCAGGGGGCCCCUCGGGGGCCCCCGGGGGGCCCCCUGGGGGCCCCCCAGGGGGGCCCCCUGGGGAGGCCCCCGGCGUGUCUGCCGGGGGGCCCCCCGCGGGGGCCCCCGGCGAGUCCGCGGGGGGGGCCCCCGGGGGGGCCCCCGGGGGGGCCCCCGGGGGGGCCCCCGGGGGGGCCCCC